GCCAGCUGUUGUGUAAAAUGACCGUUUUGCCCCUCUUUCAUUUUGUUUAUCUCGUUUUCACCCCUGCCUUUAUGUCAAACAUUGAUGGCGAUAUCAGCAGACCUACUCUCCCACAGGGUGUAGUAGCUACGGCUGUGCAGUUACAUCAAACGGUGAAGAUGAAGAUGACCCUUCGUUCAAGGCUAGAUCAUAGUAGAAGCUCUGAUCUGAAGAGAAAGAGGAACCAAGAGACGACGAUAGUCCGCCAAGGCAAACAGAAAAGCAGUCCCUCCUCCGACGAUCCCCCCAACUGCAGACUACAUGGCCUCGUUUAUGUCCACUGCGACAUCAACACAACCAGGCCCUAUGUGUGCUUGUGGGUACGGGCAUUGUGUGGUCAAGAUUUCUCGGUCCGCCAAAAAUCCAGGACGUGCGUACUACCAAUGCCCUCGUGGAGUGCCAUGUGUCAAUUGGAUUGGGUGGUGUGACAAAUAUGGGCAACAAAGGCCUACGGAGAAUGACAGAGACAAUGUCGCUCGUUUGAUUGACAUUGAACAUACUCAGUGUGUACUUAAAGUAGUGACGUGUUUUGUGCAUCAUCGUCAUUAUUUUGUUAUUCGGUAUGUGAUGUAUUUAACCGUGCUGCGACCCUUACCCUAUUGUUAUUCCCACCAUUAUGUUUUGUGGUUCAAUUUAUUAUUAUUAUUUUUUUAUGUUAUGUUUGUGGACAGAUAGUUAUCAUAUGUUUCCACAAGUGUUUGUUAUGUUUGAAAUACUAAUGUUCAUAAAUAAAGCUUUUGCCAACUGAGCCAAUAACCAUGAAUCCUCUGUACCACAUUUGACACAUGAGUAGUACUGUUCAUAAAUUUUCAUGUUUCCCUCUAUACGACAUUGCUGACAGGAAUGUUUUGUUAAUAAUAUUUGUAAUGCUUGUAUUGUUUGUAUAAAUAUUUCUACAUGGGUUCCUAUUCCAUAACGUUAUUAUAGUAAGUAUGGCAUCACAUCGAUCCAUCCCUUGUACCCCUUCUAGCAAAGGGAAAGGGCAACCAACUUAUCAUAAAGCAAUUUGGGAUGGAGAGUCGACACGGAUCUUCUUGGAACUUGUACUUAAGGAAUAGACGCAGGUAACAGGUCGCACAUGUCAAUCAGUACGAAUGGGCACCGGGCGUUGUCUAAGACUUUUGAGGCAGCAACUAGGAGGCUGCAUGAGACGAAACAACUGAAAAAUAAGUACAAUUUAUUGAAGAGCGAAUGGCAUGCAUGGUCAAAGGUUAUGGAUUGCCGGAAAGGCCCCACUGGAAUUAGG